CCCCGGCGGCAGCAGCGGGCGCUCCGGCCGGCCCCGAUCCCGCGCAGCGCCGCUGUCGCUGUAUCCGUCCCCGGGGCUCGGCGAUCCGCCGGCUCCAUCCCGCCGACAGCCCGGCAGGAACAUCUCCCCCGACUGCCAGCAUGAUCAAGGGCUGCCAGAAUGAGUGCACAGGUGGAGGAUACUCAGGAGAAACAGGAAAGGAAGUGACUGAAUCUUUCAAGGCUUCCGACUUGAUUAUCACCCCAGCUACAACCUUCAAGGAAAAACCAGACCCCACUGGUUUGGUAUUUGGAACCGUGUUCACUGAUAAUAUGCUGACAAUUGAAUGGUCCUUGGCUUCAGGAUGGGAGAAACCCUAUAUUAAGCCACUAGAGAACCUCUCAUUACAUCCAGCCUCCUCAGCCCUGCAUUACGCUAUAGAAUUGUUUGAAGGGAUGAAGGCUUACCGAGGAGUGGAUGGCAAAAUCCGCCUGUUCCGGCCAACCCUGAACAUGGACAGGAUGGCACGAUCAGCACGGAGAACAACUCUGCCAUCUUUUGACCAGAACGAGCUGUUAGAGUGCAUCCGUAAGCUUGUGGAAGUGGAACAGGAAUGGGUUCCCUACUCAACCUCUGCCAGCCUGUAUAUCCGUCCUACCCUAAUUGGAACUGAGCCUUCCCUUGGGGUGAAGAAGCCGACUAAAGCCCUACUGUAUGUCAUACUGAGCCCUGUGGGCCCUUACUUUGCAAGUGGAAGCUUUAAUCCAAUAUCCUUGUGGGCAGAUCCAAAAUACGUAAGAGCAUGGAAAGGGGGAACAGGAGACUGCAAAGUGGGAGGAAAUUAUGGUUCUGCUAUUUAUGCCCAACAAGAAGCCCUGGAGUUUGGCUGCCAGCAGGUUUUGUGGCUCUAUGGAGAAGAUCACCAAAUAACUGAAGUUGGAACAAUGAAUCUGUUUCUCUACUGGAUAAAUGAAGAUGGAGAAAAUGAACUGGCAACACCACCUUUAGAUGGCAUCAUCCUUCCAGGAGUGACAAGGCAAAGCAUUUUGGAUCUGGCACGAAACUGGGGAGAAUUCAAAGUGUCUGAGCGAUACAUCACCAUGAGUGACCUGACAGCUGCCUUGGAAGAGGACAGAGUAAAGGAGAUGUUUGGUGCUGGAACAGCUUGUGUUGUAUGUCCCAUCUCUAAAAUUUUAUAUAAGGGCAAGCACUUGCACAUUCCAACUAUGGAGAAUGGGCCUGAGUUAACAACCCGUUUCCUGAAUAAGCUAAGUGAUAUCCAGUAUGGAAGAGAAGACAGCGAUUGGGCAGUGCUGGUGUCAUGAAGGUGGCAGAGUUCAGACCCUCCAGACAGACCUGACAUCUGAAUAAUGACAACUUCUGUAGCUGCCAGUGUGUAGCAUAGUCUCAGUAUCAAUUUGCUCCCCAGGAUGAUUGUUUCCACAAUCCAGCAAACGUGAACACAAUCAUUUUGAUUUCUACUGUAAUCCUGUUGGUAGAAGCCUGUUUUCUUGCUAGAGGUGCUAAAUGUUAGCAAUAGAACUUUCCUCAUGGUUUUCUUAGUGCCUCUUUAUAUACAGUCUGGAAACUUGUAAAAUGCUCUUCAACUGCUCUUCAGUUUGGUUUGUUUACUGCCACCAUCAGCAGAACAUGUGUCAAUGAGGAUGCUGCCUGUUAGCUGCCUGCAGGGUUCUGUUGACAUUAUUCUGCCUUUUGCCCUGUUUGGGAGAGAGGUUUAGCCAUACACUCCGUCCUUUCAUGCUCUGCUUAUAUGGGAGAUUCCUGAGUUUGUAGAUGCCCUCAUCCUCUGUCCAGUAACUCUGGCCUUUAGCCCAAAAUUCUCCGAGUCAGCCCAGUCUGCAAGAUGGUCCCUGUUGGCUUAUUGCCCUUCCCUCCAUGGGGAUUUGCUGUGGCUUUGGACAGUGUAUACCUCUCAAUAGUUGAGAACAUCCUUCUAGACAUAAUUUAAAAGACAAUGUCAUGCCCUGCUGAGAUAAAAAUUCCCUUUUGGCCUAGCAGAGCUGGGCUCUGCAGACACAGCGUUGCCUUCCAGGUGAGUGUUUAGAAAAUGAGAUUAGGCAACUUUGGCUGUGAAAACGGAACCAUUCUUCACAGCAACCAGACCUUUGGAUUGAGGAAUUUCCUUCAUCAUCUACUUACAUAAUUUAGGUCAGAAAACUGUUUUCCUCAUUCCUUUCACAUACUUGCUGUAUCCAGCCUCCAUUGACACAUGUACUGUAGAAGGGCCUUCUGUUGAGGAACAAGCAGCGUUGUCAACAGAAAAUGUCUAGAAGGAAAGAGGUUUCACUCAAACCCUGAUUUCAUUCUGGUUAAGCAGAUAAUUCAUACAACACUGCUUUCUCACAUGCAGUCUUAAUACUUUGGAAGCAAUAGAGAGCAUGUAGCCCAUAGCUGGAGAAGUAACUCCUGCAAAUGUUCACUCAUUCAGCGAUCAUUCUGUAAUAUUUAUUAGCUUUCUCCUUCUGCACACAGCUUUGUUGAACAGCUUUAAGAUACCUCUUGCCAAAAAGAAUAACCAUAUUCUGUAUCAAUGUUCCAAAGUGCUACUUCAGUAUAGAACUGGUGGAACUUUAUUGACACUUUAUUGGAGUCCUAUAAGAAGUAAAAGUGAAACAUUUCUUGUUCUAGUUUGCAAUAGAGAUGCACCAGUAUUAAGGGAAACAUUUAGCACUUUAAUUUUUUUUAAGACCAACAGUAUCUCUCCCGUGCUUAACAAGUCCUUUGUAUUUACUGACAUUUGUUAACAUAGUUUAAAAAGGCAAAAUAUAUUUUCUAGUGGACUAUCCAUGCCUUAUGCAGCUUUUAAAGAGCAGCCUUAUGGCUUCCUGUUAAUUUUUGGUCACAUUUUGAAGACCCCUCCUUAGCCAUCACUUUCUUCUGCUCCCUCAGAACAUAACUUUAUCCUGUCUUUGACUGCAGUCCAAUCUAAUUUUUUAAUGAAGAACAGUUGAAGGUUCUCUCUGACAACGUAACUAUUAUUGAAACUUGAUGGAUAAUUUUCUUUAGUCUACAACUGCAAGCACAAAAUGUUGUUUCACUUACAGUAGUUAUAGUGUUGUGACCAUUUGAAUCUGUAUUGUGUGCUGGUCUUUGUUUCAGUAUCUUACUAUGUGUUAUAAGCUGCUGGUAGUCUUUCCUCUUAUUUAAUUAGAUGGCUGGAAAAAUGAAAAUGGGGAAUAUGUCAAGAUGCAACAUGAGGUAGAGAAUUUUGUCCAACAAGACCAGUAUUGAAAUUAAAGAGUGCCUUUAACCAGAGUGUGGCAUGGAGCUCUCUAAAGAUUAUGUAAUGAGCAACCAUUUGUGGCUUACUGGUAUUGAACUAUCUAAUUUUUCCCUUAAGUUCAUCUUUGAUUUAGCAGAAAAUGGAAAAGUGAAACUAUCUAACUUCAGAUGCAUGGUAAAGUGAUUGUGCAAUACCUUAACAUCUCAGCUUUGAUAGAGUUGAUAUAUGAUACCAUAUAUUGAAAAUCCCCAUGAAGGCCUCAGUAUACCAGCAGCAACCUAUUCACUAGGCAGAAUGAAUAAGGACCAGUUAGAAGAACUAUUUUAUUGAAAUGUAAACAUGAAAGUUGUGUAAAAGUUUUCUUAAAUGGGUUGCAAGUCAUUAAACAGGAAGAAACCAGGUGUUCUCAUUUGUUGUGUUUUGCACUGUUUUCUACACUGACCAGAGAGACACCUCUCUUUCUCCUGCUGAUGGAGACUUCAAAAUGAGGAGAAUUGAUAGUGGAAUGACCCACAGAAAUAAGGAGUCUUUUCUCACAGGGAAGAAUGAAAAUGUGGAGUGUGUGUUUGUUAAUUGUUGUCUUUAACAUCUUGGUUAAUUGCCUUACACUGUCUGUGUCACUCAAAGCUGUGCUUGUUUCCAAGUGGAAUCCGGGGGAAUAGGUUUUGGAUUUUAAACCUUGAAACCUAAAGAAGAGAGCUGGCAGGUCAGUAUAGUACAGGAAAUUCUUCUGAUGUUUCAUGCUGUCCUACUCUGAAUUCUGGCAGUGCAUUUUAUCCCAUUAACCAAAGGAAAGAAAUAACAUGUGUAAAUAACAAUCAGUAUUUGAUAUUGCAUUCUCCUUUUUUUCGUUUGUAAAAUUUAGGAGGGAACUGUGGUAUUCCCUGAGCUAGUAACAGAUUGUAAAAGAACAUCUGCACAUCUUUUCUCCAUGUGCCCUAUUUGUUUAAUUGCAACAGAUUUACAUAGAAAGAGUAUGGUACAUCAUAACUAGGCAAUUAUCCAUUCUUCAUCACUUAGUUAUGGUUCUGGUAAUUGAUCAUUUAAAACAUAAGAUAGUCUAACAUUAGGAAAAUCUGAAACUGUUCAAAAAAGAUAAACAAAUUAAUAUUGUUGUAUGAUUUGCAUAAUUGGCUGCAAUUAUUUAUUUAAUGUUUAAUUGGGUUGAUAAAAUGAGAUUCAGCCUUUCACAUGCUUAUGUUUUACAAACAGUAGUACUUUAAAAUGAUAAUAACGAAAUCUAAUUUUCAUAUGUUCUUUCUUCUCCAUUCUUUCGAUUAUUAUUUUCAGUACUGAGCAUGCCCUUAAUUUUCAGUUUGGUUAGAAUGAUUCAUGACUAAGAAAGAAGUCCUUCAAAUAACAGAAUUUUCAUGAAACUGACAUUUCAUACAAGCUGUUCUGGUGCCAAGAAUUAUGGCUUCAGCAACUGGCAUUACUUAACCAGAUUGCUAACUGCAGUGAGGGCAAAUUCACUGAGCAUUGACAGGCACAGACACAGGUGAGGAUACUAAUAUAGGUUCCUAGGGCAGAUAAUCUGUUCAAUCCAUAGCAGUGUAAAGCCAACAUGGUUUUUCUGGGGUACAGAAGGGAAGACUGAUAAGAUAAAAGUAAGGUAAGUGAGCUCUCUCUGCCCAGCCAUUGUUUACACCUGUUCAACUAUCUCAAGCCAAAAAGCAGUUAUCAGCCACUCCUCCUCUUUGUACAUAAUCUCUUUUUUGGGUUUGCAUGAUUCAACACAGAGAUAGCAUAGAUCUUUUCCUGUAUACUGAUUUUUAUUAUUUAUCGUUAGGUGUGAAGAAUAGUAAUAUAGAAAAAUGUGAUACUUGAAAGUCAUUUGGAGUACAAGUUAUCUGAAAUGUCUGUGUUCCAAGAGGUAGACUGAAAACCAGCUGGAACUGAUCUCAGAGCUGCUUAAUUAGAGGAGGAACCUUCUUGAAUUCAAUGGUCUCUCCAAAACAGUCUGCAUAAUCCCAGCAGAUUUCUGCAUGUGAACUGUCUGUUCCCUGUGCCUUGCUAUGGAAUAUAAUCCGGAGAUAUUCGGAGUUGGUGGCGCAGCCUGGCAGACUGUGAUACAUUGUCUUUCUCUGCAUGGGAUCCACCCCGCUGAGGAUAAGUUUUAAUGUUCUCUGGCAGGCUGAUAUCCUGAGAGGUGGCAGCUGUAAAUGAUGGCUGAGCAGGCCCUGGGAUACUCAUUGCCCUGCUCCUUGCUGUCUUUCUUUCCCCCUCUUUCCCCAGCCUUCUGUUGUCUCAUAUCUAAAAGUGACUAAGCAAAUUUUCAUUCUUCUUGCUUUUAGCAGUAGUGACAGUUAAAAAUAAAAAUAAAUAAAUAAAAAAGGGUAGUUUUUCCAUUUUCCAGGUAUUGAGGGAUCACAAUUGUGCUUUACCACCAGGAUAUGUAAUCCCUGAACAGAAUGCCACUGACUUUGUGACCCUGGACAAGUCAUCUAAACUCUUUCUAAGUGCAGAGUAGUAGUACUACCACUUAUAUCACUUUAAUCCAAACUUUUGCUUAAAAACUUAUUACAGAUCAAAUUAAGCUUUCUAGGAAAAGCUUUUUAAGAAACGAGAAACAUGCCAUGUAAAGUCCAGUAUUUCAAGGGUUACAUUAGAAUAGACAAACUUUAUUAUGCAGAGAAAAAUGUUAUUUAAAUGAGAAAUAUAUUCAAAGUUUGCUACAUAAACCCAUAAAUGUGUAAGAAAUGUAGUUCAGAAUAUCAAACUUAGCAUACAGAAUGAUCCUGAGAAGAGAAAUGCACCUCACAGUGGGCUAUCCUAUUAAAAAAGUGAUGCUUGAAGGAAUCAUGACACUUCUCAAUGUAAAGUCAUUAGUAUGGGACUACAAUAGAGGUGCACUAGGUCACAUAACACUGAGACAAACCUCUGUAUCGAUCUUGACCAAAAAUUUGCUGAACUGCAAUGCUUUACCAAUUUGGAAGUGUGAAAGACCUGUGCUUUACUGUAUUUUGUCUCUAUCCUCAAGAUUUGGAAAAAUAAUUCAUAGAUCCCAAAUAAUUUAAGCUCAAAAACUUAGUUAUUUGUAUUUUUAGCCAUAAGAGUGAAAGAGAAUACUGGCAUUGCAUUGGUGAGAAGCAGUCCUCCUGUCCAUGCCUUGCUUUGAGCAUGACUCUCAUUAGAAAGAGUUCCAGGGUGUUUUCUCUGACUCUCCAAAAUCUGAGUGCCAUCUAUGGUACACUUGGCAAAUAUAUCCCCAGCUCCAUAAACAAAACUAUCACCUUGAUCUGGAACAGUCAAGUACAUUAAGACUUAGCAGAUGAGGAGCAGUACUAAAUUACAAUAAUAAAUAGAUUAGAAAUAAGAUAAGUCAAUAGAUUUGGAAUAAAGUUUUAGAAUCAGUAGCUCAGAUAAACAGAAUUCUCACUAAUCACACUAGCAAGGUCAACCACACCCAAAUAUACUAAAAAAAUUAUGGUAAUUAUAUUUGCCAAUAGUUAACAGCAUUGUUCUCUCUGAACAUUAAUUUAUACUCUUUGCUUAUAUUAAAACUUAAUUAAUCAUUUUUUAAUGAUUUUUUUACCACAAUCCUGUGUUUUCAUGCCAUGCUUUAAAAAAAAAAGGUCUCUUAAAUUUCAUGUUUAUGGGAAGAUUUUAAGGAAGAUUUAAAUCCUGAUUUAAAAUAUUUAAAUACUUUCUGGGUAAAGUUGAGGUAGAAACAGGAAAGACAACUUUGGGGAAGUACUUGACUAGUAUUCCAAAUGGUUUACCAACAGUGGCCAUUCUUGGUUUUUACCAAAGACGUAUGCAGGGAAUAGUUGACAAAAUAAGGUUAUUGCUUGUUUUAGUAAGCAAGAGUUGGGGAAGUUUCUGGGAGCUGGUUCUCUUAACACUAAUUAUUUAUAGUUCCUGAUUCUGUCAGGCUAAGAGGGGUUUCAGGGGGAGAUGGAGGAGCUCAGAAGCUUAUCUCAGACAGUAAUGUCCUGCCAAAACAGAUUUUCUGUCAUUUUAUGAUCAAAGUGAUCAAGGUAUGAACAUGGAAUCUUUUAAACUUUGCACCUUUUUUUAAAAAAAAUUGUUUUUCAUUUUAGAAUUCUGAUACGGUGUUGCUGAACUAUUGUCUUACACUAUCAUAUUGCAGUAGCUGAUAGGAAGAAAGCAAACAUUGUUAUUCUUUAUGUAAUCACCUUCUUUCUGUAUGCCAAAUCCCCUGUUCACUGGUCACCACUAGAACUGGGAUCAUUUUGGGUGAAAUAACUGCACCCUACUUGUACAAAAACUAAGUACUUAAUGCUGGCAGCACAUGCCAGAGCAGUAAGUGAAAAUCUGCUGUGUCCUGAACAGGCAUGCCAGGAGCAAGAGUGAAAAUACCCGUCAGGUCAGUGAGGGCAGGAGCAGCACAUCAUCACCAUUCUUGUUAAGUCCAACUGAGAGACUGCCCAGGUGCACCAGAAGUCUAGCAGGAUCAGAGGCUGAUGUUGAUAUUUAAGAAUACUCUUACUCAGUUGCUUAAAUACCUACAUCUGUGCCUACAUUUUCAACUUGGGCUCCUGUAUCUUAACUGAAACCUGCAACAAACUUCUGUGUGUUGUAAAACAGUGGAAUAUUUGGUCAAACAGGUAAUGCUCCAUACCACCUAACAGGUCAGUGAUGUAUUCUCUUAAUUUGUAUUAAGCCCAGUGGUUCACUAGAACUGCAAGCAGGAGACAAACACAUCAUUAACACUAUUUCAUAGUCAAGGAUGUUCACAAAGAGUGGAUCUAUUGUCUUCAUAUCCCACGGAGAUGGGUUGGACUCAACUUGGCCCCCAAGUGACAAAAUAUAGAAGUUUCUUUGCCAUUAUGGAGACAAGUAAGUUUUAUCUGAAGCUAUUUACAAACAGUUUCUGUUGGAAAGCCAGAAGUCCCAAUCUACUUGAUCCUUGAGGCAUUUAGAAGGGUGCAGUAGUAGUUACUGAAAUUGUAACAUACAAGCACUGGGGGUCUCCUUUUUCUCAAUUGUUGAAAGUUAACUGGGUAUUUUACAAGAAUCUGAAGCAUAUAAAAGCAGUAAAGGACAGAUGUGUGAAAAAGUACUGGAUAAACUAAAGGAAACUCUACCUCAUUCUUCUCGAAAGGUUUUGUAGAAGCACAAUUAAGUGCUCCUAAUGGCAUUGUUACAUACCGACCACCUGGCAUGAAAGAAGCACUAUAUUUGUAUGUCUAUAAAUCCUGUAAGAACUGUAUUUUGCUGGCAGUAGGAACAGUCUAUACUGUUUGCAGUUUUCCUCAUCAAAUCUGUAAUUAUGCAAUGUUUCUGUCUCCAAUAAAGGAAUUUAGUUGGCA